AUGGCAGAGGCGUCGCCCCCCGCCCCGCUCUCGCCGCUGGCCGUGGAGCUGGACCCCGAGUUCGAGCCGCAGAGCCGCCCCCGCUCCUGCACCUGGCCCCUGCAGAGGCCCGAGCUGCAGGCCAGCCCCGCCAAGCCCCCGGGCGAGCCGCCCGCCGACGCCGCCUCCAUGAUCCCCGAGGAGGAGGACGACGACGACGAGGGGGGCGGCUCGGCCAUGGCCGUCGGCGGCGCGGCCCCGGCGGGCGGCGAAGCGGCGGCGGCCGCCGUCCCGGAGGAGGCGGCUCGGCUCCUGGCCCCGCUGCCCGGGGGCGGCCCGGAGGGGCCGAGCCUGUCGCCGGGGGGAGCGGGAGGAGCGGCGGCGGCUGCGGGCGGCGGGGGGCUCGGCGGCGGCGGUGGCCCCGCGGCGGCGCCGAGGAAGUGCUCGUCGCGGCGCAACGCGUGGGGCAACCUCUCGUACGCCGACCUCAUCACCCGCGCCAUCGAGAGCUCCCCGGAGAAGCGGCUCACCCUGUCGCAGAUCUACGACUGGAUGGUCCGCUGCGUGCCCUACUUCAAGGACAAGGGCGACAGCAACAGCUCGGCCGGCUGGAAGAACUCAAUCCGGCACAACUUGUCACUCCACAGCCGCUUCAUCAGGGUGCAGAACGAAGGCACCGGGAAGAGCUCCUGGUGGAUGAUCAAUCCAGAUGGUGGAAAAGUGGGCAAGGCGCCACGGAGACGCGCCGUGUCCAUGGACAACAGCAACAAGUACACCAAGAGCAGAGGGCGGGCGGCUAAGAAAAAGGCGGCCCUGCAGACUGCCCAGGAGGCAAGCGAGGACAGCCCUUCCCAGCUCUCCAAGUGGCCAGGGAGCCCAACUUCCCGCAGCAGCGAUGAGCUGGAUGCGUGGACAGAUUUUCGCUCCCGGACGAAUUCCAACGCCAGUACGAUAAGUGGCCGCUUGUCACCGAUUUUGGCAAGCACCGAACUAGAUGAUGUUCAAGACGACGACGCUCCGCUUUCUCCCAUGCUGUACAGUAGUCCAUCGAGCUUGUCCCCCUCGGUAAACAAACCGUGUACUGUGGAGUUGCCUAGGUUGACUGAUAUGGCUGGGACAAUGAAUUUGAACGAUGGACUAACAGAUAACCUCAUGGAUGAUCUCUUGGACAAUAUAACACUCCCUUCCUCCCAGCAGUCGCCCACAGGAGGGAUGAUGCAGAGAAACUCCAGUUUUCCAUAUGGUUCCAAAGGUUCAGGGCUGGGUUCCCCCUCGAGUAGUUUCAACAACGCCGUAUUCGGGCCGUCGUCCCUGAAUUCCCUCCGCCAGUCGCCCAUGCAGACCAUUCAGGAGAACAAGCAGGCCACCUUCUCUUCCAUUUCCCAUUACAACAACCAGACGCUGCAGGAUCUGCUCGCCUCUGAUGCACUUAGUCACAGCGAUGUCAUGAUGACACAGUCUGACCCACUCAUGUCACAAGCCAGCACAGCUGUGUCCGCCCAGAACUCCCGCAGGAAUAUAAUGCUCCGCAACGACCCCAUGAUGUCGUUUGCCGCGCAGUCCAGCCAGGGCGGUCUGGUCAAUCAGAGCCUGCCCCAUCACCAGCACCAGUCUCACAACUCUCCUCUUAGUGGCAGCCGUGCCUUGUCCAAUUCCAUCAGUAACAUAGGCUUGAAUGACUCGAACAGCUUGGGUUCCUCCAAACAUCAGCAGUCACCCGUCAGUCAGUCUAUGCAAACACUUUCUGACCCGCUCUCAGGCUCCUCUUUGUAUUCCUCUAGCGUGAACCUCCCGGUCAUGGGACACGAGAAAUUCCCAAGUGACUUGGACCUGGAUAUUUUCAAUGGGAGCUUGGAGUGUGACAUGGAGUCCAUCAUCCGCAGUGAACUCAUGGAUGCAGAUGGGCUGGAUUUUAACUUUGAUUCCCUCAUCUCAGCUCAGAACGUUGUCAGUCUGAAUGUGGGGAACUUCACUGGUGCUAAACAGGCUUCAUCACAGAGUUGGGUACCAGGCUGAAGGAUCUUUCAGAACAGGGAAAAAUGGGCAAACAGGCCCUCAAACUGACACGAGAUGUAGAGAGAGAACCCUUUGCCAAAUCUGCUGUCAGCAAGUGGACAGUGAUACUGUUUACAGCUUACGACCUUUGUGAACCCUGCAUUAUUUUCCUAACGAAGCAGACUGUUAAUAGGCCCCAUACCUGAGUGAAGAUCCUCUUUUUUUUUUUUCCUCUCUUCCUUUUUUUGGAAUUGAACUCAUUCUGAAGUAUGCAAAAUCUUCCUUUUCUGGGAUGGCCAAGCACCUGCUGUGGAGACAAUGUUCAGCACCAUCCUGUUGAGAACACACUGUGUAGCCUUUACAGUAGUUACUUGUCAAUGAGUAUGUGGUGUUUCAAUAUAUUAAUGGUUUAUGGGAUGUUUUAAGUUGGCUUUUCUUUUUGGAGGUUUUUCCUGUCUGCCCGCCCUCCUCCCCCCCAACCUCCAGUUUGAUUUCCUUAGAUUUUUUGACCAUUUUUGCUUUCUCUCCCUGGGGAAUCUGAAACACUGCUUAUGCUCGAGGAAACGAUCAUAACCCACCACCACGGCUCAGAUGCCAGGGCUUUCCGAAUAUACAGCAUCCAUUACGCCAACCGACCGACCGAAUUCCAGAGGGAUGCGAUUUCGUGUGGUCUGUUUGCCCGUUGGGUUGGUUUGUUUCUUUUCUUUCUUAUUUUUUCCUUAAACUUCAUGGUACGCCCCUGUGUUCCGUAAGCAUCGAGCCAGGGCUGAUUGCGAAGCGAGGGAAAACCGGCGAGGGAAACCUCCCGGCUGGUGCUGGCGAGGACAGGACGGACUGACCGCGGGUGCCGCUGCCCUCACCUCCUUGGCCGCAGGACCCCGCUCGCUGCCCACCAGAGCAGGCUCCCUGCCUGCUAUACGUUAGUUAAAAGUUUUAGGCUGAGCUGCCCUUUGCUGCCAGACGUGUUGAGCGUAACCACCUGUAGGGAUCAGUCUGCAGAAGCGAAAAUUAAAGGAAACAUGCUGCUUCACAGGAAAGGGGAGCGAACGGGCAUCAGCAAGUCACUCGCAGCGGCGACGCCGGGCGUUCAGGCACAGGUCAUUGCAGUGUGUGUUAUUGCAUCAGUGAUCCUUUUUUUUUUCUUUUUUUUUUUUGGACGUGUCCUUGAUGAUUUUUUUCCUUCUCGUCGUGUCUAACCCACUGUGGAAGAAGAAGCAGGAGAGGGAAUGGCAAGGUGACAAUAUCGUACAAAUGGCUUUUCAUACGAGCAUAGAUUGUAACAGGAUAAAUGACACUGAAAGACAAGGCAGUUUUAUAUAUUUUGCUUCUUAAGAUUUUCUUUUGUAAAAUGAAUAAUAAUUAAUAAUAAUGAAUAAAAGGUAUGGUGCUGUAUAGAUCCUC